GGCAAAAUUCCAGUAGAUGUCACUAGAAGCUGCUCUAAGAACUAAGGAGUUGCCCAAAGCCUGGAAGUAUCAAGAGGAAGAGUGGCUGAGGAAAGAACUGGCUAGAUUAGUUUGAUACUUAUUGCCACCUGAUUCAGAGAAUGAAGUGCACCCCAAAUCUAAGAGACCAGAGUAAAUUCAGGUUUGGCAAAUGGAUGAGGAUCCCAUUGUUUCUAAAAUUGAUAUUGAGAGUUCUGGUGCCCCACAGAAGCUGAGAAUUGCAGAGCACGACCACUGGAAUUCGUGAGGCAGAGCCGCGAUGUUCCGGAUAGAGGGCCUCGCGCCGAAACUGGACCCUGAGGAGAUGAAACGGAAGAUGCGUGAGGAUGUGAUCUCCUCCACAGGGAACUUCCUCAUCUAUGUGGCCCUGCUGCGAGUCACUCCUUUUAUCUUAAAGAAAUUGGACAGCAGGAGUUCCCGUCGUGGAGCAGUGGUUAAUGAAUCCGACUAGGAAC